CACCGACUCAUCGGGCUGAUUCUAUCCGACGAAGGGGCGAUGGAUGCGGGGUCGAGCUAAUCCGUGUCCCCGGUGAAAAUACAGACACACCUGGAAACCCAUCAGAUAAGGAGCUGUAAAGCAGAUAAAGUGACGUCCCAGCAGGGGGUAAAGUCUGCGGACUGUGGACCUUCUGAUGGAGGACGCUGCUCACGUUCUCUAGUGUUUGUGGACUCUCUCUUUAAAACUGACCGUAGAUCAGCGGCCGCCAUGACGCCUCCUCCUUCUUCUUCCUCACCAACGCUGCUGCUGGUGGUGGUGACAUCACUGAUGACAUCACUGGUGACAUCACAGGCGCUAGACCCGGAGACGUGUUACUCGCGGCAGCAUCAGAGCGCCAUCGUGAACGUGAGGCAGGCUAUGACCAAUCCCAGCACAGCGAUGGACGCCCGGGCCGUGACCUCAGAGAGAGACUGCGUGCUCUCCUGCUGCUCUGAGGAGGUGAAGCCAGGAGCUAAAUGCAACAUGGCCGUGUUUAACGGCAACAAGCCGGCGGGAGAGGAUAACUGCUUCCUGUUUCACUGCGAGGUGGAGCAGGACUGUCCUCUGAUGAAGGCUCAGGACAACAUCAACACCUACGACAUCUACAAAGGUUUGAUUCAUCCAACCACGUUGAGAACCUCGACCACAACGACCACCACCACUGAACCAACCACCAUCACCAUCACCACUACACCAGCACCAACUACACCACCAACCACACAACCCACCACCACACAGAGUACAACAACAACAACAACAACAACAACAACAACAACAACAACGCAACCAACAACCACCACCACCACUUUGGCGCCAACAACACCACCAACGACCACCAUGACGACACCACCUCUUCCACCCUUCAUCAUCCUCGCCACCAUGGCUCCAGUUCCUCCAGAAAUAGCCACCACAACAACAACAACAACAACAACUUCUCCCACAACAACAACCACAACAACCGCCAUGAAAAAGCCAAAUAAACCCGGUAGAAAACCGAAUAAACCGCCCAAGAGAGUAAGGCCUCAUCCUGUGAACAACGCCCAUCCAAUGCAGAGCUCCAACACGCUACUUCCUGUUGUUAUUAGCAUCACAGAGGCUAUAGCAAGAACUACUGAAACUACAACUCCCACUACUACGACUACAACUCCCACUACUACGACUACAACUCCCACUACUACGACUACGACUCCCACUACUACGACUACGACUCCCACUACUACGACUACGACUCCCACUACUACCACUACAACUCCCACUACUACCACUACAACUCCUACUACUACGACUACAACUCCCACUACUACCACUACAACUCCUACGACUACAACUCCAACAACAACAACAACCAUUCCACCUACUUCAACUACUACAACUACUACACUUCCCACAACAACUACUUCCUGCAAUUCUUCUCCACCAAGUACCACAACAACAACCACCACCAUUUCUACAACAACAACAACUCCGCCCUCCUCCACACGUUCGUCUCCGCCAGCGAAUCUCGUAGUCGUCGCCCCAAAAGACGCCGUCCAAUCAGAUCGCGCCCUCCAGGACUCGGGGUCUCACGGGGCGUUGAGAAGCGGUGUUGUGGCGUUUAUGGUGCUGGGACUAGCCGUGGUAACGCUAGCUUUAGCGGUCGGCGGACGAAAGGCGAUGGAGUCGUUCGAUCGGCGACAUUACACGAGACUGGAGCUCAACGACCUGCACUACGAGGUGUGAGGGGUGUUUUUCAUUAAUGACGGGAGCUCGGAACGGACUAAAAGGCUUUAAAUGAUGGUUCAUGGGAGGAUGUUUUGAUUUUACGUUAGCUAAGACACGUUUGUUUGUUGAGAUCUACGAACGUAAUCUGGCUUCUACAUACGUUAGCUAACCAGCAUUUGUUAGCCUGGAUGUACGAACGACGGAAACUUGGAAAGUACUAAAGACUUUAAAUGAUUGUUCAUCUGAUGGUGUUUUGAUUUGACUUUAGCUAAGAAACGUUUGUUUGUUUGUUGAGAUCCAAGAACGUUAGCUAACAAACGUUCGUUAUCCGGCUUCUACAUACGUGAGCUCACCACCAUGUGUUAGCCUGGAUGUACGAACGGCGUACGACUCUGAAAGGACUAAAAUACUUUAAAUGAGCGUUCAUCUGAUGGUGUUUUUAUUUUACGUUGGCUAAGAAAAGUUUGUUUGUUGAAAUCCACAAACCUUAGCUAAUGAACGUUUGAUAUCUGGCACCAACGUUCGGAUGUACGGAUGACGUACGUACGAAAUGUGACGGGGACUCGGAAAAUACUUUAAAUGAUUGUUCAUCUGAUGGUCUUUUGAUUUUACAUUAGCUAAGAAACGUUUGUUGAGAUCUACGAACGUUAGCUAACAAACGUUCUUUAUCUGGCUUCUACAUACGUAAGCUAACCAACAUUUGUUAACUGGGAUUUACGAACGAUGAACGUACGAAAUGUGACAGGGACUCGAAAAGGACUAAAAGACUUUAAAUGAUUGUUCAUCUGAUGGUUCAGCACAAACUAACACAAUAAGAGAACGUGUGUUUAACUGAAGAGGCGUUACACUGAGAAUAAAACUCACUUCACGACGUUGAUUAGGGCUAACGUCAUACAUAAUGAUCAUUCAAAUGGGUGAGGUCCAAUCCUGAUUGGCCGAAGGCUGUGCAUUAUUUAAUAAUAACCAAACAGAAUGUCCUCAGUUCAUUCACAUUGCCCUAACAUAUUAUUACAAAAGACAUUACAUUUAGUCAGUGUGGUAUAAGAACGAUAAUGCGCUCUCAGCUGUACCGUUAUUACAGAUAAUGCACUCACAGCUGUACCGUUAUUACAGAUAAUGCCCUCACAGCUGUACCGUUAGUACAGAUAAUGCACUCGGUAAAAUGACCUUAUUGGAGUCACUAUUAUUUCCCAAUAGGAGUUAUUGAUAUGGAUAAAUCCUCCAUAAAUUACCGAUAAACAAAUUGCAUUGUUUGAAAAUUACCAUUUGUGGACUUUCAUGGAUGGCAGGAUUGUAUAAUUUUAUUUCGAUAAAUAUCUUAUCAUACAGUAAACGGAAAAACCCCAGAAGGAGAUAAUACGUUUAGCAUCAUAAGAUAAAUCAAACGCAUCUUUAACGCUCUCUUUUUUAAUACAUUUUUUGCACGAUUUAACUGCAAAUUUAACAAAACUUCUGCUGAGUUUCAUGUUUUAAGAAGAUUUUUUACAUCUUAUCACAAAGUCAUGUAUUAGAAUAAUUAGAACACAUCAUAAUUAAGUAAAAUAAUGAAACACUUUUAAUCAGACUUUUAUUUCUAUUAAUUAUUAAAAGUAUUUGUUUAUGUGGAGAUGGCGAUGAACAAACAAACAGCAAUAUUUUUAUUCCCUGACUCUCAGGAAGCCUCUGUACAUUCUUCACGGGUUAUUAUUAUUAUUAUUAUUGUUGUGUGUAUAGACACCUGCAUGUAUUUGUACUCAGAUGCUUCAGACUCUCUGCACUGUGCUGCUUUUCUGUCCACAUGACGCUGAAUCGGGUUCUUGAAGGUUUAAAAAAGAUCGGAAAUGGAGCCGGAGUUAAAUUCAGAGAACAAACUCAACAUUUCAGAGAUUAGUGGAACAUUUUUGGGACUAAUUUACGAGAAAAAAACAUAUUACUAGAAAGUUUUCCUUUAUCUUACAGUGGCUAAUUUACAUAAAAAUAUCACCAACAUUUCUGAGAAAAAAAAAAAUUGGAGAUUUUUUUUCUAAAUUACAAACAAAAUUAGAUGGAAAUUAUUUUUUUAAAUGUUUUAAAAAAAAACAUAAUUUUAUUUUUUAAAAACUACAAUUGAAACAAAGAGAAUUUCUCAGUUUUUUCACGUAAAUUUAAAACUUAAAUCUAAUUUUUUUUUUUUUAAAUAUCUUGCUUUUAUUGUGUUUUCUUUUCUGGUAAAUGCACAAAUUAAAUAAUCCAACGUUGUUUCUCUGAAUAUUUCCCCCUCUAGCUCCAUAUUUGUUCCUGUUUUUAACCUUUAAUUGACCUCACAGUCGGUCCUAUAUAUAUAUAUAUAUACAAAUGUAUAUAUAUAUAUAUAUUUCUCACGUGGCUGCAGACUGAAGGCGAGCGCUGCAGCUCUUCGAUGCACUAACUGUGUUUUUGAUAAAUAUGAUAUGCUUCUUUUUGAAUAUUAGAUUGUUUUUCAUAAGUACACUGGCCACGCACUAUUUUCCUACACUGAUGAAGACGAUGAUGAAGAUGAGUGCACACACACUGCUGAUGUUCCUCUGUUCUCAAUAACCUCACGAUGGUGACAGUUUGGUGUCUGUGAAGUGAUGCUUCUGCAUACAGUCCAUGUAAGGAUUAAAAAAAUGUGAUUUUUGA